AUGGGUGGUCAACAAAUCAUGAGCCUCUUUGCCGAUGUCACUUUCGAUGUCCAACUCGAAAGCGCCGUACAAUUCAGCGACUGGAUAACAACAAUCGAGACAGUUCUUCAGCAAGAUUUGGGGAUAUGGUCCUACUAUAAAGAUCAACUAAACAAUUUUGAUCCAUAUACGAUGCUUACCGCUACUGGAAAAUAUGAAACUUUACAGCAGUAUGAUCUCACAAUUCACUUUCUUUUAACUAAGUCAACUACUCCUGCGAUUCGGGCUCAAGCAUCCAGACAUGCGCCAGCAGCGGGAAAGCCACAACUCAAGUAUCUCAAGGAUUACUUUUCAAAUCUUCCGGAGACAUCGCUUGUGGAACCAAUGAGGGACUUUCUCACUUAUAUGGAUCCCGACCGUGAUUUUACUCCAAUGCAAAGAUAUAACAAAUUGCGCACUUUCCAGUACCUCAAUUUAAGUGAAAGAGAGAAAGCUCGUUUCUUGUUAUUUGCCACAAAUAACCCUAUAGCGCUCCAGGCGGAAUUGCAUAUUCGCUCGCAAACCGAUUACCAGUUUACGGAUCUUGAAUGCGUGGUAAAUGAGCUCAAUGCUGCAUACGUACCUCCAGUGAAAACCAUUAAAGUGGAAGAUAAUGUCUCAUAUGUCAAUUCUACUUCAGACGUUCCUCAGAGAAGCAAUUCCCCAAACCACAAUGUUUCAGAUCAAAGAAGCAAUACUACACAAGACAUCAACGUUCCAGUGGUUCCAGUCGUUCCUCAAAGAAGCCAUUCUCCAAGUUACAAUGUUUCAGAGGCUCCUCAAAGAAACAGUACCCCACAAGAUAACAAUGUUCAGAACGUUCCUCAGAGAAGCAACUCCCCAAAUAACAACAAUGUUCAAAACGUUCCUCAAACAAGCAAUACCUCACAGGACAACAAUGUACCGGACGUUCCUCAAAGAAACAAUUCUCCACAAGACAACAAUGUUCCAGUCACUCCUCAGAGAAGCAAUUCCCCAAAUCACAUUGUUUCAGAGGUUCCUCAAAGAAUCAAUUCGCCAAUCAACAGCAAUGUUCUGGACGCUCCUCAAAGCAGCAGUACCUCAAAUGACAACAACGUUCCAGACAUUCCUCAGACUAGCAAUUCUUUAAAGGAGAACAAUUCUUCAGACCUUCCACAGAAAAGCAUUCUAAAGAAUAACAAUUCUUCAAACAUACAAUCAGAAGAAACAAGUGUUUCAAAGAAAAAUACUUCAGAAAUACCUCCAGAGCGACCCAGAUUUCCAAGAAAUGGUAGCUCUUUAGAGAGAAGUUUGACGGUUAAAUAUCCUUCACACCCACCACCAGAAAGAGCCAAUGUCAAAAGACGCAAAGUAUCACCCAAGUGUAACUAUUGCGACAAGUACAGUCACCUGACUCAACAGUGCUAUAAAAAACCCAAAUCAUGGCUGCAAAUUCAAGAAGAAUAUGAUCAUUAUUCAGCAGAGGAAGGACACUCAUCGGAAGAAAAGAAAGUCUCUUCCAAGAAAUCAAAAAAGUGUACCAGAUGCAAAAAACCUGGUAAUCUGGCUGAAGUAUGCCGGGCCAAGAACCCGGUACCUAACUCCAUUCAGUCACCGCAAGAGACUCAAAAGGGUAAACUUUCGGUAAGAAUACCCUCAUCGAAAGAGUUUACUUAUGCUCCCAAAAAUCAAAACGUACCCAAGUGUACCAUCUGCAAGAAACGUGGACAUCUUUAUGAAGAAUGUUGGUUCAAGAGACCUAAGAAAAUACCUGCUGGCAGUAGACCACGGGGUCUAACACAAGAUGCCAUUCAUGUAAAUUCACCCACUUCAAAAGAAGUUUCCUUUUUGGAUAGAGAAAACCAACCCCAAGAGGAGGACAUUUUGUCCAACUUACUGGGCAACUGGUCUUUUGACACUACGGGCACUGUGAACGAACUCUUUGUUCGCGACGAAAGUAGUAAUAAUCCCGUAGAAUUCAGAACUACCGCUGGUCGUGAACGAAGUGGAGAUCUCUCUACCAGGCUCGGAUAA